AUGGUAACAGCUGUUGACAUCGAUACCUGCAACACGAGGUCUGGUCUGGCAAAACUGAGGUCUACAUGUCGACGGCAGCGUACUAUACGUCUCAAGGAGCUUGUGGCCGUGCAAGAGCAGCUAAGCUCUACUGACAUUCUCUCUGUCGACGAUGAACAGCGAGAACAAUUGGCUGUAACUGAAGCCGCUCUCGAGGAGGAGGUUGCGGCCUACGUCGAUCUUGUGGAUAGAUGCACGGCCAAGAUCAACAAGUUAUUGUCUGAAACCCAAGCUCCAGUUGAAGGCCUUUCUAACAAUCCAUCUGAUCAGAUGGAGUUGCUGGUGAGCACUAUCACGGACGCAUUUCAACGUGUCGCUCCUUCUACUACCACCACAUCAAUAACAACCAAGUCUGGUUCGAGAGUGCCGUCCUUAGGAGAUGUGGUCAAGUUCAAUGUCACAUCGCGGACUCUCAAAGAUAUCUAUCUCUUGCCCCUGCAAUAUCGCAGAUUGGAGAGCCUAUUCCUUUCUGCAGGAUUCGGAGAGUUGGUGCCUACUGCUAAUGGUAAGGACGAGUUCCAACCGCACCCAACACUGAGGGUUCCUCUGAUAGAGAAGCUACUGGAGACAUUGGCUCCCCACAGUACCCUGUUGAGUGAAGCUACUCGUCUCAUUGACUUACCUAGCAUUGGUUAUGAUUGGCAGAAGGUCAAAAAAGCGCUCGUCGAGAAGUACUGUAGCCCAGUGGAAAUGAGGAAGGAGGUGCUUAGGCGAGCAACCCAGCUGACUUUCUCCGGUCCUUCUGGUGUAAACAGAUUUGUUGAUCAAGUUCGUGAUCUACGCUCACUACAUCUAAUCAGUCUCCGCAAUACACCCCCUGAGGUCGGCGAUCGCAGAGCUACGAGCGACGAUUCAACUGAGCCUAUUGAUGUCACAGCUCACUUUGUCGAUCUGGCUCUCCGGCCUCUACCGAACAACAUCAUGACCGAACUCAUCAAAGAGGUCACGGCGGUAGCGCGCCAAAGCUAUCCGGAGAGACGCAACUGGGAAUGGCAGCGUAAGCUCCCUCUAGACGGUGGGGUAGGUACAAGUACCAUAUUGGGAUUACUCACAGAGCUCUGCUAUGCUCACAACUUCACCACUGAGUCUAAGAAGCCUAAGUCUUCUACCCCCAACAACCAGAACAGCAACGCUUCUGAUGUGAGAGAUAAACUGUGGCAUACGUCUGAUCAGCGGAGUUCCACAGCUAACAACCAACAGAAAGCAGCUCAUGCAGAAGCGGUAUCUUGGGCGAAAUCUCAGCCGUACGUCUUGCUUGUUAUGGGCGAUGGUGUGAAAGGUGCUACACCGUCGACGGCAGGGUUCUCCGAAGCGACAGAGCUGAAGUUCCUGACCUCCAAAGGGGGUAAACCCUACUGCCUCCUCUCAUUUGGUGAUAAGGCUCGUGCUCUCAACUGUGUCUCGGAGUACUUCAAUGAUAAGACGAGGUUUGGUGUAGUCAAGGAGUUUGACACCAACUACAAGCGGAACUCUCGUCAUGGCCCUCGUCAGCCAAAAAACGGCGGGGGGAGUGGAGGCCACCAGUAG